AUGGCCUGUCCGGUUGGCAGCGACAAUACACUGGGGCCCCGGAUUUCGGUCCCUUGUCGCCCCUUCGACUUUACUCUCCUCUUCGAGGAUGGUUUCUUUAUUCUCUUACCAGCAUUCGUCUUCCUGCUGUGCGCGGUAUUUCGACUUGCAGUUCUUCUGCGAGCACCGGUCAAAGUGACAUCUCAUCGUCUCGCGACCGCAAAGAUCAUCACUCUUUGUUUCUUGCUGGUCUUCCACGUCCUUUACUUGGCCUUCCAACUACAGGCAUCAAUACUCCACACCAAGGCUUCGCUGGGAGCUAACAUACUGCAGCUGAUCGCGAUCGCUGUAUCUACACUUCUGUCAUGGCUCGAAGAUCAGCGGUCCAUCCGUCCGUCGGAUUUGCUUAUCAUCUACUUCUUCUUCUCCGGCUUGCUCGCGCUACCGCGGCUGCGAUCUCUCUGGCUGCUAUCAUCGCAAUUUGACAUCCACUCCCAGGCCACUCUAUGGACAGUCGUCAGCAUCGGGACAGUCGUCGUGCUUUGCCUGGAGUCGAUCCACAAGACGCAGCAUCUCCGCCUGUCCUACCGCCAGCCCAGCAAAGAGAGCACAUCCAGCUUUUGGGUUCGCAGCUUCUUCAUCUGGGUUCUCCCAUUGUUCCGAAGCGGGUUUUCGACUGUGAUUUCGCUCAAGGAACUCCCUGUCGUGGAUCAUGCUCUUCAAGGAAUUCCAGCGGAGGAGAAGCUUCAUCUUGCAUGGAAGCGAGGCAACUGCACUGGUAGCCAUCGACUCCUGCAGGCAACAUUCCGAGCAUAUUUCUGGCCCUUCAUCAGCGCGGUUCUUCCUCAAAUCUGCCUGACAGCGUUUACCUUCUGUCAACCAUUCCUUAUCUCUGCCACGAUUAACUUCAUCAGCGAGCCAUCCACAAGCGAGAACCGCGUGCAGGGUCCUGCAUUGGUAGGAGCGUACGUGCUAGUCUACAUGGGAAUGACAAUAUCCAAGGCAGUGUACUGGCGCCAGACGUUCCGCCUCGUCACCAUGAUUCGUGGCGGCUUGAUUUCUCUGAUCUAUCGGCAAACAGCCAAACUCCCGGCCGAACAAUUCAAAGGCAGUUCAUCAAUCACCCUGAUAUCGACUGAUGUAGAGCGCUUGAGUUACAGACUACGGAAUCUCCACGAGGCUUGGAUGGGCCCUAUACAAGUGGUAGUUGCGAUUGUCCUCCUUGAACGGCAACUUGGAGUGGCUUGUCUCAUUCCAGCUGCAAUUUCGUUCAUUGCAAUCGCGGGCACGAUCCCAGUUUCCACAAAGUCAAAUACCGCUCAGAGGGGAUGGAUCGAGCGUGUUCAGGACCGACUGGCCGUUAUCUCGAGCAUGUUGCAGGACAUGAAAUCUGUGAAAAUGCUGGGAAUCAGCGAGAAGCUUUUUGACAGUAUAUCCGGCUUGCGAAAAAAGGAGCUUCAGGUGUCAGAACGCUUUCGAAUCCUUAUAUUGUGGGAGUUAGCUCUCUCAAAUCUUCCACUCACGCUCGCGCCUUUCGCGACAUUUGUCAUCUUCGCUAUAAUUGCCACAGCCACCGGGGGCGAGUCGCUUCUGUCUAACCGGAUGUUUACUUCUUUAUCGCUGAUUUCGCUGAUGACGUCUCCUUUGCUUACAUUCACACAAGCAGUUCCGGGACUAUGGCAGUCAGUGGGUUGUUUCGAUCGUAUUGAACAGUAUUGCACCCAGACGUCAUUUGAGGAGGAAUCGGAUUAUGAGCCCGGAGAGGAUGGAAUUGAGAUGAGCUCAAAUUCCAUGGAUCAUCUACCUCAAACUGGGGCUGUGGUUCUUCAGUUUCAAAAGGCGAGCCUCUCGUGGUCUGCCGAUACUGACUCGAUUCUCCAUGAUAUCAAUCUAUCUUUCAAGAAAGGUGCAAUCACUGCGAUCAUAGGUCCAGUUGGCAGCGGCAAGAGUACUCUAUUGGAAUGUGCUCUUGGCGAAGCUCCGUGGAUUAUAAACAACACUAUUCGAAACAACAUCACGGGUCCUGAGGCUUACGAUGAGAAAUGGUAUAACUUUGUCAUUUGGGCUUGCUCUUUGGAAGACGAUUUACGGAAUAUCCCCAGCGGUGAUCUUUCAGGAACAGGGAGUUCGGGGAUCACACUGAGUGGUGGCCAAAAACAACGCAUUUCUCUUGCACGUGCCGUCUACUCACGAGCGUCCGUCGUCAUCCUCGAUGAUGUGUUUAGUGGACUCGAUACCCGCGCUGUGGCAGCUAUAUCAUCUCGACUCUUUGCAACAGAUGGCCAUUUCAAGCAGGCCGGAAGAACAGUGAUCCUAGCUACUCACAACUACCGUCUCCUUCCGUAUGUGGACGAGGUAGUAGCUCUGAACGACGGGCGAGUGUCACGAAUCGGGACUUACGAGGAGCUCCGCACGACCUUGCCUGAAGACAGCCAGAGCGAAAACAAUCAAGACCUCGAAGGCCCGACAGCAGCCAAUCGCAAUCCAACCAACUUGACAAAUGUUUACGAGAUACUGCAAACCUCCACGGAGGAUUCUGAUCCAGAUAUGGCACGGAGAGACGGGAAAUGGUCUGUCUACGCGUUCUACUUUGAGUCAGCUGGCUGGUGGAUCAUGAUCCUAGUUGCAGUCUGCGUUGGGAUUUAUGGGUUUUCGGACAAGUUUUCGACGAUUUGGCUCCAGCAAUGGUCAAACGCCAACGAUCUUCAUCCCAAUGAGCGAGUUGGAUUUUAUGUGGGUGUGUACACGGUCUUACUUACCAUGUCACUCGUGGCGUUUAUGAUGGGAACUUGGUUCCUUUUCGUCAAGGCAAUAAACAACACCGGUCUCGCCAUGCAUUCGCAUUUGCUGAAAUCCACUUUGGGUGCACCAUUUAGCUUCUUCCAGAAUGUGGAUGCCGGGAUGACCAUCAAUCGCUUCAGCCAGGACUUGGAAUUGAUUGACCUGGACCUCCCUAUUGAGCUGAUCAAUUCAUCAGGCGCUUUCGCGAACUGCGCCGUAGAGCUCAUAAUCCUGUGUGUCAUGGGCAAGUACCUCGCCAUCACAGUUCCCGCACUAGGCAUCAUCCUCUUCUUUGUACAGAGCUACUACCUCAGAACUUCACGACAAGUGCGACUCCUAGAUAUCGAGGCCAAGUCACCCUUGAUCACCCACUUCGUCGAAACCAUGCAAGGCAUCUCGGUCAUUCGGGCCAUGCGCUGGCAGGAACCAUUCCAGGAUCGUCUCAAUGAUCUUCUCAACCAAUCGCAACAACCGUUCUACAUGCUCUCUUGCAUCCAGCAAUGGCUCCAACUAGUACUUGACUGCAUUGUCAUGGCCCUUGCCGUGAUCCUCGUCUCAAUCGUCAUCUCGCUGAAAGAUCAAUUCAGCCCAGGCGCAAUCGGUGUCGCUCUCAAUUUGAUCCUGAGCUUCAACCAAGAUCUGAUGCAUCUCAUCAGGUCGUGGACGCAGCUGGAAACGUCUAUUGGUGCUGUUUCUCGUAUCCAGGACUUUGUCGAGAAUACGGCGUCGGAGGACUUGCAAGAACGUCGUCCAGAGUCUGUUUUGCCCCAAUGGCCUACACGAGGGGAUGUCUCUUUUCAAGAGGUCACGGCUUCAUACAAUGAUCGAUCUCCCCCGGUCCUUCACAACUUCUCCUUGGAUAUCCAAGCCGGCGAGAAGCUCGCAGUUUGCGGCCCGUCAGGCAGUGGGAAAACAUCGUUGAUCCUUGGAUUACUGCAAAUGAUUGAAUUACAAGAAGGACGCAUGACAAUUGAUGGUGUAGAUCUGUCUACUCUCCCAUGUGAUGCGGUCCGCUCGCGAAUCAACGUCGUCCCCCAGGACCCGUUCUUUAUGCCUGGCACACUUCGUUUCAAUCUUGACCGUGGGUUAGAGCAUUGUAAUGUAUCGGACGACCGCCUUAUUCGAGCCCUUGAAGCAGUUGGCCUCUGGAAAAAGGUCAGCGGAAGCAUGCCGAGUGGCCAAGAACUGGACCAGCAGUUAUCAGUCUCCGACUGGUCGAUGGGCGAGCGACAACUUCUAGCCCUAGCUCGAGCUCUGGUCAUGGACAGUUCCAUCCUUAUUCUGGAUGAAGCGAGUAGCAGCGUUGACUGGGAAACGGAGGCCACCAUGCAGGCCAUCAUCGAGACGGAAUUUGCCUCACAGACAGUGAUUUCUGUAAUCCAUCGCCUUCGGUAUAUCGAGCGAUUUGAUCGGGUUGCUCUUUUGAAGAAUGGUCAGCUUUUGGAAUGUGAUAGCCCGCAGGCCUUACUGAAGAGACCAUCGGAGUUUCAGUCUUUUUAUCGCGCCCGACAGGCUGAAUGA